CUCUCACUGUCUGCAACUAUUGUCUCCUUCUAUCUUCUCUCUUCCACCAACUCCACCGCCGAACAUAGACAAAAAACCAUGUCUCUAUCUCUCUCCUCCAUCCUAUUCGUAUCCAUUUCCCUACCAACCACUAAUCUCGAUAUUUUGCGUAAUGAUCUCUUUCAAAAGAACCCACUCACCCAAAUCAAUCGUAUCAUUCAUCUCCACCACCUCCACAUGCAUAUUGAACAAAGUUGCAGCUCAAAAACAGAUCACUGCAUCUUCUCCUUCUUCUCUCACUACUGGCUUUGAGCUCCAGCGAUCACUCUGUUUUCUGUGUUGUAAUUGUAAGAAAAAGAGUGUUGCUGAUCCUCAGCUAUUAAUUGGGUCACUUAGAAGAAUGGAGAGCGCCUUCAAGGAGUUGGGGGAAAAGGCUUCUGUGCUUGACUUUGUCCCCAAAUCCGCCGUUGUUGGUGGCGGCGUUGAGGACAUCUACGGUGAGGACACUGCCACCGAGGACCAGCUUGUCACCCCUUGGACUUACUCCGUCGCCAGUGGAUAUUCUUUGCUGAGAGAUCCCCAGUACAAUAAAGGGCUUGCAUUUACGGAGAAAGAGAGGGCCGCCCAUUACUUGCGUGGUCUUCUGCCUCCAGCAACUUGCUCUCAACAACUUCAGGAGAAGAAGUUGAUGAACACUAUCCGACAAUAUCAAGUCCCACUGCAGAAAUAUAUGGCUCUGACAGAGCUCCAGGAGAGGAAUGAGAGGCUGUUCUACAAACUUCUCAUUGAUAAUGUGGAGGAAUUGCUCCCAAUUGUCUACACUCCAACUGUCGGUGAGGCUUGCCAGAAAUUCGGAAGCAUCUUCAGGCGCCCUCAGGGUCUUUACAUAAGCCUGAAAGAGAAGGGCAAAGUUCUUGAGGUAUUGAAGAACUGGCCUGAAAGGACUGUUCAAGUUAUUGUUGUGACUGAUGGUGAGCGUAUUUUGGGACUUGGCGACCUAGGUUGUCAGGGGAUGGGAAUUCCGGUAGGGAAGUUGGCUCUGUACACAGCGCUUGGAGGAGUUCGUCCCUCAGCGUGUUUGCCUAUAACCAUUGAUGUUGGGACAAAUAAUAAGCAGUUGCUGGAGGAUGAGUUCUAUAUUGGACUUCGACAAAAGAGGACAACUGGGAAGGAGUAUGCUGAUCUUUUAGAUGAGUUCAUGAGUGCUGUCAAGCAGAAUUAUGGGGAAAAAGUUGUCAUUCAGUUUGAAGAUUUUGCAAACCACAAUGCUUUCCAGCUGCUUGAAAAAUAUAGGAGGACUCAUCUUGUCUUCAAUGAUGACAUACAGGGAACAGCUGCUGUAGUUCUUGCAGGAGUUGUGGCAGCACUGAGGUUGGUUGGUGGUAGCCUGUCCGAGCACAAGUUUUUGUUCCUUGGUGCUGGGGAAGCUGGGACGGGUAUUGCAGAGCUAAUAGCUCUUGAGAUCUCACAAAAGACAAAAACUCCUGUGGAAGAGACCCGUAAGAAGAUCUGGCUUGUUGAUUCAAAGGGAUUAAUUGUUAGCUCUCGCAAAGAUUCUCUUCAACAGUUUAAGAAGCCUUGGGCUCACGAACAUGAACCCAUUGAUAAUCUCCUUGAUGCUGUCAAGGCAAUUAAACCAACAGUUCUUAUUGGAUCAUCCGGUGUUGGAAGAACGUUUACAAAGGAAGUGAUUGAGGCAGUAUCCUCCUUCAAUGAGAAACCUCUCAUUUUGGCUCUUUCCAACCCGACGUCUCAGUCUGAAUGUACUGCUGAAGAAGCUUAUACUUGGAGUAAGGGACGCGCAAUUUUUGCCAGCGGAAGUCCAUUUGAUCCUGUUGAAUACAAUGGCAAAGUUUAUGUUCCUGGCCAGUCCAACAAUGCUUACAUUUUCCCUGGAUUUGGUCUUGGUUUGGUUAUCUCUGGGGCAAUCCGUGUGCACAAUGAUAUGCUUCUGGCAGCCUCGGAAUCGUUGGCGGGGGAAGUUUCAGAGGAGUAUUUUGAGAAAGGGCUGAUUUAUCCACCAUUUUCCAACAUCAGAAAGAUUUCUGCUCAUAUAGCUGCUAACGUAGCUGCUAAGGCAUAUGAACUUGGCCUGGCUACACGUCUCCCUCGUCCUGAGAAUCUUGUGAAGUAUGCUGAGAGUUGCAUGUACAGCCCUGUGUAUCGAAACUACCGUUGAACAGUGUGUUGCUCCACAUUUUAGAAGUUUAAUAUCAAACUUCUUUUUAAAUGGGUGUUUUCUGAAGAUGCAUGGUGUUUUUAUUACUGUUGUGUUAUGUCACUUGGUGACGAUGGUGCUUAAAAUGAGUUAAGGAGAUGCUUGUAAACCCUCUGUUUCUAAAUUCAAAUAAAUAUGCUAAUUGUAUCAUCCCCAUCUCCACCUCCCACCAUGUGAUCAGUUCAUGUAAUUGAAAUCCAUUUACAGCUUAUAUUGUUUCUUGCAAUUUUAUUGCUUCCAUUGGUCAAGUGCUUAGAUUUCUAAAAAAAAAUUUGAACAUGAUA